AUGUGCACCCAUCACUUACACUAUUCAAGUCAGAAAAAGACACUAAUUAUCAUCUCCCACUGCUCUCUAGGUUCAAUAACAAUUCCUGCAGCUUGGAAUGCACCUCUGAGGACUGGGGAAAAAUAUCCACUAAUUAUUUUUUCUCAUGGUCUUGGAGCAUUCAGGACGAUUUAUUCUGCUAUUGGCAUAGAUCUGGCGUCCCACGGGUUUAUAGUUGCUGCUGUAGAACACAGAGAUGGCUCCGCAUGCUCGACGUACUAUUUCAAGGACCAGCCUGCUGCAGAAAUAGGCAGCAAGUCUUGGCUCUAUCUCAGAACCGUAAAGCGAGGGGAGGAGGAGUUUCCUUUACGAAAUGAGCAGGUUCAGCAACGAGCGAAGGAGUGUUCUCAAGCUCUCAGUUUGAUUCUGGACAUUGAUCAUGGGAGGCCAGUGACGACUGUAUUAGAUUUAGAGUUUGAUGUGGAACAGCUGAAGGACUCUAUUGAUAGGGAUAAAAUAGCAGUUAUUGGACAUUCUUUUGGUGGAGCCACAGUUAUUCAGACUCUUAGUGAAGACCAGAGAUUCAGGUGUGGUAUCGCUCUGGAUGCAUGGAUGCUUCCCAUAGGUGAUGAAGUAUUUUCCAGAAUUCCUCAACCCCUCUUUUUUAUCAACUCGGAACGAUUCCAAUAUCCUUCUAAUAUCAUAAGAAUGAAAAAAUGCUUCUUACCUGAUAGAGAACGAAAAAUGAUUACAGUCAAGACUUCAGAAAGAUUUUGAUCAGUGGGAUUCUUUAGUUGAAGGCGAAGAUGACAAUCUUAUUCCAGGGACCAACAUUGACACAACCAACCACGAAGCCACUCUGCAGAACUCCACAGAAAUAGAGAGACCAAAUUUAGACUAAAAGAGCUUUUUAAAAAGUUUUGUUUACAAACUUGUCUAAAAGUGUGUAUGUGUGUGUGAUUUUAAUGUAUUUUCUCAAAUAGCUCAUAUUAAAAAAUGUAGGCUACA